AUGGACGAUAUCGAAAAACUUGAAUGUUUAUACUUGCAAGUGCCUCUACAAGAGCCUGCUCAAGAUUUAGAGAUGGUAAGCGCUUUGGGCGGAGACAAAGAGCAAAACUCAGUGCCCGGGAAUGCAUGCCCGGAGGGUUUGAGCUUAAAAAGACUGUUGUUGUCUAUAACUAGCUCUAUGCUGGGGGCGGGUGUUCUUUUUUUUCACACUGCGAUAGCAAAGGGAGGGCUGCUGGCGUUUGGGUUUUCGGUUUGUGUGUCCACCAUAGGAAUGGUGGCUGUGGCCGAGUGCUCAUACAGAGCCCUGAAGGCCCCGGAGAUGGCCAACGCCCAGAACACUCCAAUGACGUACUCGCAGCUAGUUGGAGCCACUUUCAAAAAAAUUGAGAUUUGGUUGAAGGCCAGCUUGAUUGUUCAAGCGGGCAUAUCUAUUCUAAUAUACCAGACGCUAAUAUGGGGCUGGAUGGACAGCAACAUAGAGCUCAUAACAAGAAGCUUUUUGCAGGAGGGAGGCCUGGGAGUUGCGGUGGUGAAGGUCAUACUGGCCGUGCCGCUUUUGGCUGUUUUUUUGUACUUUUCGAUACUGAAGGAGCCCGGGGACGGAGUUACCAUGCAGAUAAUGUCGAUUUCCUCCAUGGGCGCUCUUGUGCUUCUCUUGGUUGCAAUCCUGUGCAUAGUGCACUAUUAUAUGAUGCCGGUGUCCACGCAGUCUCUUACUGACCACAUACCCCAGCUAGUCAAGGGAAGCAGCCCAACGCUUAUUGAGUUCUUAAGCUCGGUGUCAAUUAUUUACUUUGGCAUGAACUCGCUUCAGAACAUCCCAAUCUACAUGAGCGCAGCAAAGCUCGAGAAAAAGCGCAAUGUUCUAUGGCCGCUUUUGGCUGGAAUUGUGAUAGUGUACAUGGUCUUCUGCUGUAUUUCCAUAGAAGGGUACUUCUUGGCAUCGGCAGCUGGGUUUCCAAAAAAAGGCACAGACAUUCUUACGCUCACGUCGAAGAUCAUGCAAGACUACAGCCACGAGUACAGCGGAUAUCUUUUGGUGCUGACAGAAGGGCUUGUUGGACUGUUCAAAGCCGCAACCAGCAUUGUGCUGAUGAACUCUUUCAUGUGGCAAUGCUACACAUACAGAACGCUGGCGAUUUCUCUAUACAUGAGCGCAAAAUACACUCCAGACGGGGAUGAAAGAUUUAACCUCAGCCACCUGUUCAAGAGAGUAAUGCCUGAGUGCGUUUCGCGCUUUUGCGUAAUAACUCUAUUGGAUCUGAUUCGGAAAAUCGGAAACAGCCUGCCUAGGUUCAUUAGAAAGACUCUUGACAUACAGGAGCGUGCCACAUCGCUUUUGGACGAGGAAGAAAGACAGAAGAUAAAAGUUGCAGCAUACCAUGCAAAGCUAAGAUGGGUUGUAGGGACACUCAUUUUUGUGCUGAACACAGUGGCCGUUAUUUUGAAAGUCGAUCUGACAAUGGUGAUUCAGGUAUCAGGAGGGCUGAUAGCUUCUUUUUUGUCUCUUCUUGUGCCUGCAGUUCUUUUGAUGGGACAUGGGCACAUUAAAAGGUCGACUUCAAAAAGAUGGUUCGACUAUGUGUCUAUUUUUUUAAUGAUUAUAACCUUUUUCACGCUGUCUAUAUCCUGUAUUCUUGAUACAGUCAAGAGAUUCGCCCAGCCAGAACUGGAAGCCGCAGUCAACAGCACAGCUUCUCCAUAA